UAUGAGUGUCACCUUAUACAUCAAUGGAAAAUAAGUUAAUUGUAAACUAACUGAAACAUUUGGUGAUCUUUUUGAAGAACAUGUUAAUUCUGGUAAAUUUUUAGAUAAAAUUUGGAAAAUAAAUGGUUAAUUAAAAUCUAAUAUCCCUAAAAACACAAAGUUAAAUUAAUUCAUUUAAGGAGGUGAAAUUAUUGAAUGCUAAGUAAUUAAUAUUAUUAAAUAUUUUAGGAUAAAUAAUAAGCUAAUCAAUUUCCUAAUUAAAUUGGUUAAUCUGGUCCAAUUAUGGCACCUCAACCACAAUCACCCUUUGUCCCCGUUCCAUAGCCUACACCAUCUUUUAUUUCCACUUAAUAACCAUUACCACCAUUUUAAUAACAACAAUAAAUGUAAUAUUAACCAUAACCUGUAUUAAAUUAAUAAUAACCUUAAUUUCCAUCUAAAACAGGUCCUACAAAUGUAUAAAUUACUCCAUAAUAAUAAUUUAAUAAACCAAAUAUUCCAAAUAUUAGNACCUGAUUAUAGAAAAAGAAUUGGACAUUUAGAUAUAAAUGAAAUAAAAUAACAUAAUUUUUUUAAUGAAGUUGAUUGGAAUAGAAUUCUUUAAAUGAAUGGAUUGAUUGUACCAAAAAUAAUAUUAAAAGAAGGAGAGAAUGAUAAUAAAAAUAAUGAAAAAGUUGAAUAAUUUUUAAAUAAUCUUGAAAAAAAAGAAAUAAAAAAUUAAACAUUAACUUGUAAAUUGAAAAAUCAAUUAUCAAAUUUAGAAAGAUUAGAUUUAUUAGUUAAAUUAAGUUUAGAAGAAGCAACUUAUAAAUUGUAUAUAUUUAUAUUAAGAUUAGAUCAAAGAUAUAAAAUAAUUAAUAUAAAUUAAAGAAACUCUUAAAUAAAAUAAAUAAUUAUGAAUAAAAAAAUUAAACUUAAAUGUUUUUAUUAUAUGAAGAUGUAUUUUGAUU